AAAAGCCUCUGUCUGCCCUGCUCCAUUCACUGUCCUCUCUCAGCUCCAGAACCCAUUUCUCUCUCUUCACCUCCGAGUCGGGUCUCGAGUCCGUCCGAGUCGCCCGCCGAGUCAAUGAGCUGGAUUCACUGAGUUGAAACUCGCCGGAGCUCAACAAUGCUGGACGGUAUCCUCGGUCGAGGCUUCGCCUCCAAAUGCAAGUCGCUGAUUAAGCUGACGAAAUCGCGAAUCGAUGUGAUAAGGAGGAAGAGGAAUGCAACGCAGAAGUUCCUGAAGAAAGAUAUGGCCGAUCUGCUCGCCAAUGGCCUCGAUGUCAAUGCUUACGGGAGGGCCGAAGGACUGCUGGUGGAAUUGACCCUUUCAUCCUGUUAUGAUUUUGUUGAGCACUGCUGCGACUUCCUCUCGAAGAAUCUCUCUGUCAUGCAGAAGCAGAGUGAAUGCCCUGAGGAAUGUAAGGAAGCUGUAUCAUCCCUGAUGUUUGCUGCUGCAAGAUUUUCAGAUUUGCCAGAGUUACGCGAUCUUAGACAAAUAUUUCAUGAGAGAUAUGGGAAUUCCCUUGAUUAUUGUCUGAAUCGAGAGUUUGCGGAGAAAUUAGCUCAAAAGCCUUUCACAAUGGAAAAGAAAGUUCACCUAAUGAAGGACAUAGCAUCAGAGUUUUCAAUAAACUGGAAUGCCAGAGAUUUUGAACAGCGGAUGUCCAAAAAAUCUGCUUACGAGCAGAACAACCCAAAAAACAAUGGGGUUUUACAUGUGGGUGAUGAGAAGUACAAAGUACCUAAAAAUGGCAAGGAAAUUCCUCCGAGAGGUGACGCCUCGGAUUUUCCUGCAAUUGAAGUAGCCAAUGAUAGGCAGAAGCUACGAAAGGGCUGGGAGGCUGACAACUUGAAAAGAGAUGAGCUUGACCUUCCUGCUGUGCUGUGGGACCAUCCUAGUGAUAACCAAAAGGUGCUUCAUGAAUGGGAGGUUCCUAUCAUCAGAAAGGAUCAGCAUGACACUCCACCACGAGGAAAGCAAGAUUUCCAUUCAGACAGAAGACGGAAGGAGAGUGCUGACCCAAAAAUUAUGAGACCAGACGCAUCAUCUCAUAGAAAACAAGAUGAAUAUGCUAAUAAUGAAACUAAGCACAGUAGAGUACGGGAAAAAAAUGUUCAGGAAAGGGAAAAUAUGGGCGUUCCAUCACACAUGAGACCAGGGUACGUGGAUAAUUUUGCAGCAAAUUCUUCGAAGAGUGAAGUUAAGGUAACCUCUCUUGUCACUAAAAGGGAAAAUGCGGAUGUUCCAUUUCAUGUCAGACGAGAAUACCUGGAUAGCUUUGCUGCUACUUCUUCGAAGAGUGAAGUUAAGGUAACCUCCUUUGUCAACAAUGGUCACGGGCACCAAAAUAGUACUAAUUCACUGGGAAGAGCAAAGAGCGAAGGAGAUAGACCUUAUUCGAAGAAGAGCGAAGUGACAAUAAAGUCUUUUGUCAACAAUGGUGAUGGGAACCACAGUAAUACCAAGUCGGUGGAAAGAGUGAAGAGUGAAGGAGACAGACCCUACUUCAACUGUGCCCUCCCUCCUCCUUAUGUUAAACCAAAUUCCAAGGCAAAGGAUGCUAAUUAUAGAUCCAAUUCUGAAAUUGCCCCUGCUGCUCCCAAUUUUAAUGGGAUACCAAAGUCUCCUGCAGGGCAUAAAAGUGCCACAGAUCGAAGACUUGAGGAUGUUCAAUUGGGAUCAUGCUAUCCUGAGAAGAAGGCGAGUGAGGAUGUGGGACCUGCUAGAGGAAACAUUCACACGGAUGAGAAAGAUAGUUUUAAGCAUCGGGAUGAGGCAAAUGGUUUCCCCUUGCCGAAAGCCAGAUCUUCCAGAAGAAGGCACUCGAAAUCACGAUCCGCUCAUGAUGAAGCUCAUGACCAUGAUGAAGAUGCUGGAGGUGGAAAGAGAUCAUCGAGAAGCAGGAGGGAUGAUCCAAGACAGGGUCUGCAGAUAUUGUUCGAUGAUGAGCGGUAUCAAAAGGAUGAAGAGGAGAGGAUUAUUGAUAAACUCUUGAUACACUACAGUAAGAAAUCAUCUACCUAUGAAGGGGGAAGAGUCAAGAGAAAGUCGAGAAGCCGGCGUCACGACGGUGUGGGGACUGAUGCAGGUGAGUUUCCACUUAACAGGCGAGCAGAAAUUGAAAGAGCUGACGACGAGUUUGGAGUAGUGGCAGCUCCUCGAUCGGUUUCCCUCCCCCGUGAGCAGCCCUCAGCUCCUCCUGAGCCAACCAAAGUGUUCACCCGGGCUGCUACAUUUCAGCCAGAUCGAUCAAAUGCUGCUAAGCAUGUCCACCCAAAGCUGCCUGAUUAUGAUGAUCUGGCUGCUCGAUUCGCAGCUCUGAAAGGGAGGUAAACUGCAGCGCUUAUAAAAACUUUACAAAAGAAAGAAAUUUCUCUGAAUGGUGUUGUGAUGAGUAGUGUCCUGUUGUGUAGCUGAAUUCUUAGUUAGCGAUUUCUUGAUAAAAUUAGAUUUGGGCCAUAUAAUUCAGGCUGUGAUUGGAUCAAUACUGAAGUAUAGAGAAACUUGCAUUUUUCUGGCUGAUCUUUAACACGACUCGGUUCUAGAUUGUGACAGUCCUCAAAUUCUGUUCUAUCAUAGAUGUAACAGUUGACCCUUCAGAGUGCUUAUACAAUACCAAGCUUUCCAAGUUAGAGUA